AUGAAACAGCCACCAGGAUACGAAGAUCCGGCACAUCCCGGACAUGUCUGUCUCUUGCAACGUUCACUCUAUGGGCUCAAACAGGCUCCGAGGGCGUGGUUUAAGAGGCUCCAUGAUUAUUUACUAUCUGCAGGUUUUUAUUCAUCUAAAACUGAUGUCUCGUUGUUCUGCCACACCACAGAAGGGUCCAAAGUGUUCUUACUUGUAUAUGUUGAUGAAAUCAUAAUGAUGGGCAGUAACACUACGCUUGUCAACUCUCUGCUUGGUCGUCUAGCUUCCACAUUCAAAAUCCGUGAUCUGGGCACACCAGGGUUCUUCCUAGGCAUCGAGACAGUUAGCUCAGGUGAUGGCAUGGUUCUUUCUCAACGCCGCUACAUGGUUAACGUACUAAGUCGCGAUGGGAUGACUGACUGCAAACCCCUAGCAACACAUGCCUCCUCCGUCACUCAACCGGUUACACCGUCUGAUCAACCGUUUGAGAAUCCAACACAGUAUCGUCGCAUAGUUGGAGCCUUACAGUAUCUGACAAUCACUCGGCCGGAUCUUUCCUACGCUGUCAACAGGCUCUGUCAGUUUAUGCACACUCCUACCGACGAUCACUGGGCCACGGUGAAGCGUGUGUUACGGUAUAUCAAGGGCACGCUACACUAUGGGCUCUGCCUUGAUUCCUUUCCUACUCGCACCAUACACGCCUAUUCGGACUCCGACUGGGUUGGCUGUCCGGUGGACAGGAAGAGUACCAGUGGCUAUGCUGUUUUUCUUGGGGGCAAUCUCAUUUCUUGGCUCUCCCGGAAGCAGCGCACCGUCGCCCGGUCCUCCACUGAAGCUGAGUAUCAAGCUCUAGCCGAUGUUGCAGCAGAAGUCACCUGGGUUGUCUCGUUGUUACGUGAACUCGGUCUCCAUACAGAACAGCCUGCAAGCCUAUGGUGUGACAACUUAGGGGCCACCUAUUUCUGCGCCAAUCCAAUGUUCCACGCUCAGACGAAGCACGUUGAGAUUGACUAUCAUUUCGUUCGAGACAAGGUAGCUUCAGGGGAUUUUGUGGUUAGUUUUGUAUCAACCAAGGAUCAGCUAGCCGACGUCUUCACCAAACCUCUACCUGGGCCCUGGUUUACAACUUUACGAGACAAGCUCAAUGUUGUAGAGCACCAACCUUGA